AUGACUGUGCACUAUAUUCCCAUCUUCUUCCUCCUAUUUUUGAGCUCGUUCUGCAAAUCAGACCAUCAGCUCACACGGGCAAAGCCACUCACCCACGGCGACACACUCAUCUCGGAGAGCGGGAACUUUGCUCUCGGCUUCUUCUCCACAACCAGCUCCAACAAGAGUUUUUACCUUGGCAUAUGGUACCACGGCAUUCCUGGGCCACGCACCGUCGUGUGGGUAGCCAACCGAGACAACCCAAUCAACACCACUUCAUCUGCGAUGCUCUCCAUCACCACCAAUUCUGAUCUUGUGGUGUCCGACUCCAAAGGCCGCCAUAUUUGGAGGGCUACAAGCAGUAUCGCCCCGGGAGGGGCCGGAGCUUACGCUUUGCUACUCAACUCGGGGAACUUUGUCCUCCGGUUGCCAAACACCGCGGACAUAUGGCAGAGCUUUGAUCACCCGACUGACACAAUACUUCCAACAAUGAGAGAGUUAUUGAGGUACAAGGCACGAGCCAUCCGGGGGCUCGUUGCUUGGAAGGGUUCGGAUGACCCUUCCUCUGGGGACUUCACAGGCGGCGCUGACCCUAGCUCGCCGACACUUCAAAGGCUAAUUUUGCAUGGGACCAUGCCAUAUCUUCGCAGCGAUGUGUUGAGUGGUGUGUCGGUGCCCGGUGGCACAUACCUAAGCAACGCCAGCUCCUUCGUGACCGAAACAGUCAUCAACCAGGGAGACGAAUCAUAUCUUUUGUUCACUGUCUCUGAUGGUUUACCGUUCACACGUUUGACGCUUGAAUACACAGGCAUGCUCAAGUGUCUAAGCUGGAACAACCACUUAUCAUCGUGGGCAGUCCUUUUUGAGAGGCCCAGAGCUGCAUGUGAGCUCUACGCCGCGUGUGGCCCAUUCAGCUAUUGCGACCUCACUAGUACCAUCCCAAGAUGUGAAUGCUUCGAUGGGUUCGAGCCUGUCAGUCUUAACUUCUCAAGAGGUUGUCGGCGAACAGAAGAACUAGAUUGUGGCAAGCAAAGGCAUUUCAUAACCUUGCCUUGGAUGAAGGUACCUGACAAGUUCUUACAUGUAAAGAACAGAAGCUUCGAUGAGUGCACCGCCGAGUGCGGCAACAACUGCUCAUGUACGGCAUAUGCUUAUGCCAACUUGAAAGGUGCCGGUGAUGAGGCUGACCCGACAAGGUGCUUGGUUUGGAUAGGAGAGCUUAUGGAUACAUCAAAGUACAUUGACAUGGGCGAGAAUCUAUACCUUCGCGUUGCUGAGUCUCCUGUCGACAAGAAGAGCAGUUUACUAAAGAUUUUACUCCCGAUAAUAGCAUUCAUGUUGCUACUAACAUGCAUAGCCCUCAUCUGGACAUACAAAUACAGAGGAAAAUGGCGAGAGAAGGAAAACCAGAAGAAACUAAUGCAAAGACACUUUAGCACAUCCGAUGAACUCAAAGGCGAAAACACAGAAUUUCCAUUUGUUAGCUAUGAAGACAUCCUUUCAGCAACAUUGUUUUUCGCCGAUUCCAACUUGCUUGGACAAGGAGGUUUUGGAAAAGUUUACAGGGGAAUCCUAGAGGGUGGAUAUGAGGUUGCUGUCAAAAGACUUAGUAAGGGUUCGGGACAAGGUAUAGUUGAGUUCAAAAAUGAAAUAGUCCUAAUUGCCAAGCUACAGCACAAGAACCUAGUCAGACUUCUUGGGUGUUGCAUUCACGAAGAUGAGAAAUUAUUGAUCUAUGAAUACUUACCUAACAAAAGUUUAGAUGCCUUUAUUUUUGAUAAUUCACGAAAACACAUGCUCGAUUGGUCAACCCGGUUCAAAAUAAUUAAAGGAAUAGCUAGAGGCCUUCUUUAUCUCCAUCAAGAUUCAAGAUUAACAAUAAUUCACAGAGAUCUCAAAGCUAGCAACAUAUUGCUGGAUGCGGAAAUGACUCCCAAAAUUUCAGAUUUUGGUAUGGCAAGAAUCUUGGGUGCAAACCAGAACCAUGCGAACACUACUAGGGUCGUUGGAACUUAUGGUUACAUGUCACCCGAAUAUGCGAUGGGAGGUACCUUUUCUGUUAAAACAGACACAUAUAGCUUUGGUGUUCUUUUGUUGGAGAUUGUUAGUGGAUUGAAGAUCAGCUCACCUCAGCUCAGAACAAACUUCUGUAGCCUUAUCACUUAUGCAUGGAGAAUAUGGGAAGAUGGAGAAGCAACUGAACUAUUGGACUCUUCGAUAGUUGCGGAUUGUCCUUUUCAUGAAGUUCUACGGUGUAUUCAUGUGGGGCUCUUGUGUGUUCAAGAUCAUCCCAACAAUAGACCAGUGAUUUCAUCUGUUAUGCGUAUGUUAGAGAAUGAAAACACAUCACUUCCAAGUCCAACGCAACCGGUAUAUUUUCCUCUAAGUUAUUAUGAAGGUGGAGAAGCAAGCGAGAAUAUAGAAAAUACCACAAACGUGAUGAGCAUCACAACACUACAGGGUCGUUAG